AUGAUCAAAAAGAUACUUGUUCUUAUAUUACUAAUGGUGGUUGUUACUUCCAAGGUAGAUAUCGAGAGGGUUUAGACUGUUAUUCGAGAUGCCAGAGAAAUCUGUUGGAAUGAAUUAACAGAUAAUGAAUGGGUCUAUCCCACUUACUUGGGUACUCUCUUUUUGAGUGAGUAUUAUUUUGAACUCAAGGCACUUGGAAUAUAGAAUUCUUAAUUUGAAGAAUCCAAAUUCACUUAAAUUUUACUUGGCUCUCAACUUCCAGAUGGCUCUUGGGUUUAAGUGGAGGAUGCAUACAUUUAGACUGGGUAAUUGGAUGCCACCAUAUUUAAUUAUUGGUAUUUGAAAGCUGUUGGAAUUGACAUUCACACUGAUACAAUGAAGAAGGCAUAGGAAUGGAUAAAGGCAAAUGGAGGGAUAGAGAAGGCUCAAACUAUGACCAAGUUUAAGUUGGCGAUGUUUGGAUAAUAUCCAUGGAAGAAAUUGUUCAAAAUUCCAUUAAUAUUAUUUUAUAAAAAGUUCAAUCCCCUUUAUAUCAAGGACAUCACUGCUCAAUGGGUAUAUCCUCAUAUGACUGCUUUGGCCUAUUUGUAGAAUUAGAGGAUCAUUUUCAAUGUGGCUGUCAGCAUAAGUGAGUUGUACAAGAAUAAAGCACCAAAAAUUAAGAAUCAUCAGAAAAAGGGUAGACCUUCCUUCUUUAUCAACAAUCUUGUUUAAGAAAUGUUGAAACUAAGAUAACCCAUGGGUAGCUUUGGAGGGUACACUGUAUCUACGCUGUUAUCGAUGUUGGCUCUGAAUGAUUACACCGGAAGAACGAAUAAGCAUAAGAGUGAGAUUAGUGAUGCUUUGAAGAAGGGACUUGACUUUGUCGAAUUCAAUUAUUUCAAUUUUAGAUAAGCUUAUCAUGGUAGUUUGGAUGAUGGAAGAUGGUGGGAUACUAUUUUGAUUUCUUGGGCUAUGUUGGAAUCUGGAGAAGACAAAGAGAAGGUCAGACCAAUUGUUGAGAAUAUGUUGUAAAAGGGAGUCUAACCAAAUGGAGGAAUUGAGUAUGGCUAUGAUUUUGGCUAUGCUCCUGAUGCUGAUGAUACUGGUCUCUUAUUGUAAGUGUUAUCAUAUUAUGGGACUGAUUAUGCAGAUGCCAUGGAUAAGGGAGCUGAAUUUGUUUACAGUGUUUAGAAUACCGAUGGUGGAUUCCCUGCAUUCGAUAAGGGUAAGAUGGGAAAGAAUCCUUUAUAUAAAUAUGCAUUCAAAAUAGCAGGAAUAGCAGAUUCAGCUGAAAUAUUUGAUCCAUCUUCACCGGAUGUCACUGCUCAUAUUUUAGAGGGUUUAAUAAGUUCUGAUCGAAGUAAUUAUGAUGUAGUUGUUAAAUCUUUGAAAUACUUUAUGGAUACCCAAGAGAAUUUUGGUUCUUGGGAAGGUAGAUGGGGCAUCAAUUACAUAUAUGCUGCAGGUGCUGUGUUGCCAGCAUUAAAGAAGAUGAAUAAUGGGUGGGCAAAGGCUGUUAAUUGGUUGGUUAGUAAGUAAAAUGCAGAUGGAGGAUUUGGAGAGACUACUUUGAGUUACCGUGAUCCUAAGAAGUAUAAUGGGAUUGGAGUGUCGACAGUCACUUAGACUUCAUGGGGAUUGUUGGGAUUAUUGGCAGUGGAAGAUCAUUACGAUGUGAAGGAGGCAAUUGAGAAAGCAAGAGAUGGUGAGUUCAAGGAUAUUUCAGUAGUGGGUACUGGUCAUAGAGGAUUACUGUAUUUGCAAUAUCCAAGCUAUGCUCGUUCCUUUCCAGUCAUUAGUUUGGGUCGUUUCCUAGAUUAAUAGAGAUGA